AGUCUGCGGCACAGCGGCGCUGCAUCACCCCUCCUGCUCUGUGUAGGAUUGUCCUCCACCCCCAACACCAACCCACCACAGCAACCUGAUACCGGAGACGAGCGGUCCAGACAAGCCUGCAAACGAGGCGUUCCCAGCCGCCCUGUCUGUCUGUCUGUCUGCCGAGCGGAGCUCCAAACACAGUCAAUGCCAAACGCUGCCGAUUGCCUCGGGGAGGAUCACACCAAGAGACGGCCAUCCCUCCAACCCUUGUCGUGUGCAGGAACGGGAGUUGUGAUCUCACCCUGUAGCAAAGCAGAGGAGCUCACUCACUGUAGGCGCCGUUGACUUGUGAAUAUUUCCUACAUGGGACCUGGAGAACUAACUGGCUAGCUUUGAGGCUAACCGAGCUAAGAGGCCAGAUUCCUUCCUGUUUUAUUGGAAAAGUGGAGGAUAUUCCUAAGUCUACACCUGGGAGUGCUCUGUAGUAACACCGAUUAGCUGUGCGUUGGGUAUUUUUGCGUUAUUUGCCCUCUUUGCGUAAGUUUUGCAGCGCCAGACAGUCGCCCUGGGCAGCUAGCAUGUUAGCUAGCAGAGAUGGAGGUUGCUCGCUGGCUGGUUGUGGAUGGCUGAUCCAGCAAACAAGUUAGCGUAUCCGGGAGUCCAUAUCAGGACUAACUUAACUUUUAGAGACAGUGAACAGUAGUUAUUAAAUCACGGCACACAACAGCGCCUUUUUACGCACAGUUUCUCGAUGUGCUCCAUGCCUGAGGGGUCAGUUCAAGUUAUUGAGCUGACGUGAGGAAAAGAAAAGGGGGAGAAAAUAAAGUGCAAAACACGAAGAAGAGGAAGAGCAGAAGAAGAAGUACAUCAAGACUUCUUGGAGGAGCUCCAGCUACGAGACCAAAGUCGAUGCACACUGUCAUGGCUGUGGGCCGAAUCACGAUGAAAUCACUCGCUAAAUUUGGGUUCUGCCUGAUGAUCCUCCUCACUUCUGUGGCUGCGGCGCAGGGGGAGGAGCGGGAGUGUGCCUUCACGGACCAGCAGCAGCAGUGGGAGAUGGAGCGGCUGGCGGGGGGCGAAGGCCGGGUCUCCCCUGAGAACACCACUAUCCGAUGUGCCAAGGGCAGCCACUGUUUUGGCCUGUGGGAGAAAAGUCCUCCCGGCGAAGUGCGACUAGUCAAACAAGGUUGCUGGACUCACCUGGGCGACCAUCAGGGCUGCCAAGAUGACCGCUGCCUUGUGACUAAUCUUCCCCCGCAGAUCCAGAAUGGGACGUACCACUUCUGCUGCUGCGGCAGCGACAUGUGCAACGUCAACUUCACGGAGUAUUUGGCCACGCCCAGCCCGACCACGGCACAACCGAUCUACUCUCUCCCACUGAGCUACGAAGAGACGGUAAUUAUCACCCUGGCAACAGUCUCCAUGCUGGCCGUGCUCGCUGUCGCAGCCUUCUUUGGUUACCGCAAGAUGCACGGAGAUGGUAAGCAGGGUCUGCACAACCUGAAUAUGAUGGAGGCUGCUGGCUCUGAGAGCUCCCUGGACCUGGACAAUCUCAAGCUGCUGGAGCUGAUCGGGCGAGGCAGAUACGGCGCCGUGUACUGCGGCUCUCUGGACGAGCGGCCCGUGGCGGUGAAGGUGUUCACCGCGGCCAACCGUCAGAACUUCCUCAACGAAUGCUCCAUCUACCGGCUACCGCUGCUGGAGCAUGACAAUAUCGCACGGUUUGUGGCGGCGGACGAGCGAACAGGCCCAGAGGGGCGCACGGAGUACCUGCUGGUCAUGGACUACUACCCACAUGGCUCUUUAAAUCGCUACCUGAGCGGCCAGACCAACGACUGGGUCAGCAGCUGUCGGCUCGCUCACUCCGUCACCCGCGGCCUGGCAUACCUGCACACUGAGCUCUUUAAAGGAGACUUGUACAAGCCCGCAGUUUCCCACAGGGACCUGAACAGCCGGAACGUUCUCGUCAAGCCCGACGGCACGUGUGUCAUCAUCGAUUUCGGCCUGUCCAUGAAGCUGACAGGAAACAGGCCGGCGCGUCACGGGGAGGAGGAAAACGCUGCCAUAAGUGAGGUGGGGACCAUCCGGUACAUGGCUCCGGAGGUGCUGGAGGGUGCGGUGAACUUGAGGGACUGCGAGUCGGCGCUGAAGCAGGUUGAUAUGUACGCGCUGGGCUUGAUCUACUGGGAGACCUUCAUGAGGUGUACCGACCUUUUCCCUGGAGAGUCUGCGCCAGAAUACCAGAUGGCCUUUCAGGCGGAGGCAGGGAACCACCCAACGUUUGAGGACAUGCAGGUCCUCGUAUCCAGGGAGAAGCAACGGCCCAAAUUCCCCGAGGCCUGGAAAGAGAACAGUUUGGCGGUCCGCUCCCUGAAAGAGACGAUGGAGGACUGUUGGGACCAGGACGCAGAGGCCCGCCUCACAGCGCAAUGUGCCGAGGAGCGACUGGCAGAGCUGCUCCUCAUAUGGGACCGCUCCAAGUCUGUGAGCCCGACACUGAACCCCAUGUCAACGACGUUGCACAACGAGAGAAACCGUAUGACGCCGAAGUCUGGCCCGUACGCAGACCAUCCCUCCACCUACAUUGAAGAGCACGAGGGUGUAGCAAAGAAUACACAGGCUGACACCACCGGCUCAGUGAGCGGUCGGGCUGGAGGCGGGACUGGAGAGAGGAACAGGAACUCCAUCAACCAGGAGCGCCAGCAACAAGCCAACGCCCGCCUCCCCAGCCCAGAGGGCAGCAGCACCAGCAUGGGCAUGAGAGGCAGCCCCUCAGCCUCCACCACAACCACUACUAUUAUCUCUGAUUCUGAGGGUCCUAUCGUGGUCGCCACAGUCCCAGUCUGCCUCCAUCUGACCCAGGAAGAUCUGGAAACCACCAAGCUCGACCCGAAAGAGGUGGACAAGAACCUGAAGGAGAGCUCAGAUGAGAAUCUGAUGGAGCACUCGCAGAAGCAAUUCUGCUCUCCAGACCCGCUGAGUCCCGGCAGCUCCAGCCUUCUUUACCCUCUCAUCAAGAUGGCUACUGAGGCUACAGGGGCGUCAGACCCUGCAGCCGCUAUGCCCACCACCAUCUUCCCACUGCCUAAGCAGCAGAACCUGCCCAAGAGGCCGUCCAGUCUGCCCCUGCGCAACAAGCCCCCCAAGAAGGAGUCUUCAUCGACUUCUCUCAGGUUCAAGUUUGGACGCUCGGGGAAGUCUAACCUGCGGCAGGUGGAGGGACAAAAGAUGAACAUUGGUGCGGGGGCAGGCACAAACACAGCUGUGGAGGCUCACCGGGCCAACGGCACAAACAACACACCCAUUCUACGAGACACGCAUGUCAACGGCAGCAUUAACAGCGCUGUUAAUGGUCACGCCGGAGCCGGGAUCUCUUCCAUGGCAUCCGGAGGAGCGACAGGGUUCGGGGGAUCCAGCAUAACUCAGAACGGAUCUGGAGCCCUGAGGUCAGACGACAGUCGCCUGAGUCUCGGCGUCAUCACAGCCAGCCCAGACGAACACGAGCCGCUCCUGAGCCGCGAGCGAGAACAGCCAGAUCCCAGAGACACGUCCGCAAGUGUCGCAGCGCUCCGCUCAGCCAGGCCCAACACUAACAACAACAACAGCAACACAGGCCACGGCAAGGGGGACGGGGAGAGCGGGGGAGAGAGUGACGGAGGAGAGGAGGAGGGGAGCGGGGAGGGAGGAAGCAGGGAAACAACAGUGCCUCUAGGGGAAAGCUCUGGGGCGGGAUCUGGCAGCGCGGAUCCUCAGGGGGACGCUCCGGUCACCAUGAGAGGGGAGGCCCUACUCAGGCAGCCCAGAGCUCGCCGGCCUGAGAGACCCAACUCUCUGGACCUGUCCUUCACUACACAGGACCUGGCCUCAUUCGGCGAGGGCUUGGUGCAGCCGGACGGCGCCUUCGGAACGGGAGAGAAAAUCAAGAAGCGAGUCAAAACGCCGUACUCCCUGAAGAAGUGGCGACCCACCACAUGGGUCAUCUCCACGGACAGCAGGGGCCCGGAGGUCAACAACAACGGCUCCUCCCGCGGCCAGGGUCACAGUCAGAACCGGCCCAAGUCCAGUUCUGCCAUCUUCCUGCGGGGGGGCAGCUUGGCCAGCGAGCCGAGCGACACGCACGUUUGAACUCGGAGCCUCUUGAGACUGGAAAAAAAAAGAAGAGAAAACAAUCGCGUUUUGUUUCUGUCUAUCGAGCUCUCUGCUCUGAAUCAGCAAGAGGAAGCUAUGGAGUGUCUUGUGAACAAACAGUGGAGUCUGAUCGUGUACAGUAAUUAGAUCUGUCUCGCUCCUGUGUGUCUUUCUGAUGAUGGCAUUGCUUUAAAUGGAAUCCAGCUAUGCAGCAUUUUCAUCCGCUUCUGUUUCCACCUUUUAUUAAUCUCUGUGUCGGUUCGUUUCACGUUUCAUCCUCAUGAGCAUAGCAAUCUUUUUUUACAUGGAUUUCUUUAUUUUCCCUAUGUUGCACUUUGACGAAUAAAAUCAGUGUUUAGAAGUCCUGUCUGAUGCGACCACGAGAAGUGGUCUCUAAACUUAAAAAGGCGAUGAAAAACAAUCAACACUUUGCUGUAUCAAGCAACGUCCAAUUGAAUAUUCUCUGUAAAAGAAUUGACGGUCUUAAAAGACAGAACAAACUACUUUUUUAUUUCCUUGAUUUGUAUGCAAUACCUUAUUUUGUCUUUUGACCAUGUAUCCAUUUUUGUAUCAUAAUUUUUAAUUGUGCAAUAGGAUGUAGCUUUUAGACGCUUUCAAUGUUUUUAUUGCUUCCAUUACUUUGUUCCAUGUUUUAAUCCUGUCAUUAUUUUGAUAUGUUAAUCUCUGUUGCACUUAUGAAUCGUCACAAUCGUUUUGUAAACAAUCCACCGUUCACUAUCACGCCCCGGCUCAAGAGGAGAAAAUGGGCGACAAUCCUCCACUCUUUCCUUCUUCUCUGGACUAUUUUGUCGGGGCGCACAAACACUAACAAUCAAUCCCAGCUGACUGGAAAAAAAGUGGGUCUUUGUGGAACUCCUCUGCUUGCACAAUUAUACCAGGAGAGGCUCAAACUCUGGGGUCUUUUCACACUACAAUCACCAUAAUCUAAUCUACGGAGGGAUCUGUUACAGUGGCAGACGCAAUCACUGUACCACUAUCACCUGACCUCACUGUGGACUGUGUUUAUAGCUGUCUCUAUGUGACUGAAUGAUCAGAAACACUGUAGAAAGCCCAGAUUCUGCUCUUUGAACUCAGAAACUAGUCUAAAAAAAAAGAAAAAAAAGAACCAAACCCUUCUGAAGCACGCUGGAUAUUAUUUCUGCUUCUCGUCUCACCCCUUGAUGUUCAAAUGACUGAUUCAGUGUGUGUGAGUGUGAGAGAAAGAGAGAGGGACAGUGCGCACGAUGUGUUGUGUUUCUUUAUGUCAGCAAGCAUUAGCAUUGUUGGGGCCUAGCGCUGUACAGGCGUGCUGAAAUGUCAUUGUACUCAUUCUGUAUUUUCAGCGCUGCUUCAGGGCAUAUGAAAAGAUCUCAUUUAUGUUUUUGUAACCUGUAAUUUGUAUGAAAAAAAAGCAUAUGUAUGUGUAUUGCAUUGAUAUUUGCAUCAUUUUUAUGGAAUUCUGUUUUGCAUUCAAUGGACAUGGCCUUUUAUUCCAUUGCUAUGCGUCUGCUCGGUACAGUUUCUGUAAACAUUUUCGAGUCAAUAUGGAAGAAAAAAUUCUCAAUAAAUGUAUGAAAUGAUAA